AUGACUAGCCCCGCGACUCGCAAACUUGGCAAUGCGGAUGCUCUGGACGCCGUCCUUGAGAACGGAUAUAUUCACAUCGACACUGCUGACGCCUACAAUGACAACGAAAGGCUGAUCGGCAAAUGGUUGCAGAAGAGCGGUAGGAGAAAGGACAUCUUCCUCGCUACCCAAUUCGGAUUUGCCAUCGAUGGAAAACCGUUCCCGGACCGCCGCAUACAGCUCGGUACCGACUAUGUCGACCUGUGGUACCUGAACCGCACCGACCCAAUGGUUCCCAUUGAGAUAAGUGUGAAGGACCCCGGUCGUCCUUGGGGGAGUGCUUCCUCCCCCCUUUUUCCUAGGGCCGGGAAAGCGCCCCCACGCCAUGCACCCAUCGCUGCGCUUCAAAUAGAGUAUUCCCCCUUCGCCUUGGACAUCGAGGACGAGAAGUACGGGGCCAUCCUGAAGACCGCCCGAGAGCUCGGGGUCAAGAUUGUCGCAUACUCGCCUGUCGGACGAGGCAUCCUCGCGGGAAAAUACGUGCGUCCCACGAUCAGUCUACAUGACGAAGACCCCGCACGCGACGACACGCGGCGCUAUCUCCCUCGUUUUUCCGCGGAGAACUCCCCCAAAGUCCUCCAGGCCGUCGACGUAAUCAAGGGCAUCGCCGCCAAGCACGGUGUGACCACCGGCCAGGUCACCCUCGCCUGGCUUCUCGCACAGGGAGACGACAUUCUGAAUAUGAAGGAGAACACCAUGAUCGGAGCCGUCGACGUUAAGCUCACCGCCGAGGAAGUCGAUCUGAUCCGCAAGGCUGCUGCUCUUCUCAUGGUGGACACGCCCUUCUUGGAGUGA